GCCGAACACACGUAGAGCGAGGCUAGUAGUGAGUGUGAGGCAGAGUGUGGCCGGAUGUUCGUCUCAGCAAGAUGGCAGCGCAAUGCCGUACGGUUUGUUGCCUCGAUUCUCUUCUUCGAAUCGGCUCUGUCGUUUGCACCGCCGCCGGUUCAACAGCAACCUGCUCUGUCAUGGUCAUCGCCGUUGCUGCUGCCUGCUACUGCUACGCUCCAGCGGCGUAGCAGCAGCAAUGGUAGCUCGUUGUGGCCUGCCAGGGCAGCUGUAGCAGGGUACAGACACCGUCAACGACACCGAGGGGCAGCGUCACAGCAGACGCCGCGGUUGGCUAUGUCAUCAUCAGCAGGACGAAAUGGAGCAGCGCCGGAGAGAGGAGAUGGAGCAGCAGCGAAUAUUGCAAGUGCUGCCGGCGGCGCUUUUGGUGUCGCCGAUGAACCUGGCGAUGCGCAAUCUUCGAAAGCUCAGACACAGGUACCCCCAAAAACCGGUGCAACGCAAACCGGCCAGGCCUCGCGCCGUCGACGCCAGCGCCACCACCACGACAGCGACUUCCUGUUCGAGCAGAAGCUGGAGAGCGUGCGCGCCGCCGUCCUGUGCGGGUCCGUCGGAGCGACCUCGCGCCUGCUUGCGGUGGGAGCCGGGGGCUUGCUUCCCGGGGGGCUCUUUCGAGAGGCGCUGGCGGCGCCAGAGCCGGCGGGGUCGUCCCUCCUGUUCGGCCUGGCGGCGGGCUUUGCGCAGGGCGCGCUGUUCGGGCUGACGUACCGAUACGUCGUGCGCUCGGACCGCGAACAGUCCCCGUCGGCUACCACCGGCGAGCCACCCGUCCCGCAGAUGGACGGGUUUACCGUGGGACACCUCGGGGACGGGUGCGUGGCCGCGUUCGCCCUCACCUCCGCCCUUGGCCAGAGCGAGGCGCCCCUCACCCUGGCGGCGGGGGAGUUCGUGGGCGUUUUGGGGCGGGGCGGGGGGAUACUUGAAGCGCUAGCGGCGGUGCUGUUGCCCGCGGCACCGUUCCUGCCGCGGGCGGCGGCGGACCUGUUCCUGUACACGGCGGCCCGCUUGGCCAUCGACCGAGCUCUCGACGAGGGCGUGAUCAAGCCCUUUCCGUAGCGGCGGCGGCUGCAGCUUAGUGACCCCGUUGUCGUUGCCGCCGCCGCUGCCCUGCUGUUGCCCUCGGCAGUAGAGGUUUAGGCUCCUGUUUUGUUUGGCCUGGUCCAGAGGGGUGGGGCGGGGGGGGGGGGAACACGACACCGGCCUCAUGUAUCGGGCACCCGGCACUAUUUAGAGUAUGGAGACAACCAGAAUAUUCCAUCCGCUGUGCCAUGCAAUUUCACCGGCCUUAAACAGGGCAACCGGCCCUUUCAUUAUUAUGUUGCCUUACACCUCUACUGCUGUACCUGAUUGUUCCGUUUCGUUGGCUUGGUUUGUGUCAGCCGCCGUCCCUCUCCAUCGGGGACCUCUUUUUGAUAGUCGAUUUUUUUGCUUCAAUUUUGGCGCUUGGGAACAAUUGAUGAGUCAUCGCAAGCGCAAGCGCACCACCUCGUGUGUUGGUGACAGGCUGCGAAGUGUCCCGGUGGCCCCGUCGUGGUGCUGGUGCUGUUACCGGGUCCGGCGUUUUUGGCGGCGUACGUAUUUGUAAGGGCGGAGUACGACUUGUACACGGAUGGAUGGGUUGGUGGUGUCGUUCCUUGCCUUUUGAAGCAGGGAAGCCAUGCAACCAAUAGUCGAAGGUGGGAGAAUGGAAGAAUGGUGCACGUCGGCGUCGCCGCUCCACUCGUGUAAUGCUGGGACAAUUACUGCGAGUGAACAGGACUUCGGUGCUCUCCUCCAUAAAAAAGCAAUCAAGACUUGGAACCAAGGGUUUCUUGGUUGGCACUGCUGCUGCUGUAGUGACAAGUUGGCUGGGGAAGAAGAGUCUUUGAAGGAAUGUAAACUCGUGGGAAAAUAGAAACACGAACGCUGCUACUGGAAACGUGUCAAGAGUGGUUGGGAUCAGUUGUAUGCCUCUUUGUUUCAUUAAAAUGCAGUUGUCAAAACAUCAGCCAGGAUAGGGAGAAGAGCGAUGGCGAGAGGCGGAUGCUUGCGUGCAACAGCAUGCAUCACCUUGUAGCCCGUGUUUGUCGCUUU